AUGGUGCCUCAGAAUCCUAGUGGUGCCAAAUUGAGUCUUUGCAGUAAGGGUGGCUCUAAGAAGCGUUGCAUGAAUGUGAGAACCAUAAAAGUGAGGACGAAAGAGCAGAAGUUCCAAAUUGUCAAUUCAUGCAAUGGAAUUCUUUGCUUGUCAGAUCCCUCAUAUAACAAUCCUCUUGCCAUAUGUAACCCAGUAACAGGCGAGUAUUUAAACCUUCCAGCGAUAGAUGAAGUUGAUAACAGCUUGAAUGAUAUAGUAUCUUGUGGAUUUGGCUUCAGUGAGAAGACUAACGAAUAUAAAGUUAUUAGAUUGUUUGAUCAAGGACGUCCGGAGCUUAUUAGUUGCCCAAUUACAGGUAAAGAAGUUUUUGGUAAAAGAGUGGCUGAGGUACACACAGUUGGCUCAGGAUCUUGGAGACGCAUUGGUCAUGCUCCAUCUUAUGGUUGUGAACUGAGAUUUACUACCUGUCUGAAAGGAUCUCUUCAUUGGAUCCGUAAAGAUGACAGGAAAUUGGAUUUCAUAUACUCUUUUGAUCUCAGCCAAGAGCAAUUUAAAGCAAUUCAGCCACCUCCAUUAGAGCACCGGAUGAAGGAUUGGGAUAAUCUGCGUAAUCUGAGCCUGGGAGUGUUAAAUAAUAGCUUGUGUUUGUGUGUCGGCCCAGUCUUUGAUGACAUCGACAUAUGGUGUCCUAAAAGUGCAUUCAUGUAUUAUGAACCUCAAUUUGAUCAAUGGAAGUACUUCAGAAUUCAAGACAUCAAAAUGAAAUUUGAAGCAGUUGCUCAUACUCCAAGUCUCAUCUUGCUCAAGGAUGUUGUGACUGGUGACAAUGCUGAGAUACUGAAUGUCAAUUCAAGGGUACUAGUUGAUGUUGCAUUGGAUCUUAGUCUUGUUCAAUUAAGCUGA